AUGACCGUCUUCGUCUGCUCCCUCUUCCUCCCCAAGACGAUCCAAUUCAACCUCCCCGGCACGCCGCCACGCCGCAGGAGCGAGAUUGGACGCUCUCGCGCCAAGACGAUUCCGCCACCCACCAAGAGCAACAAGACGACGGAACCGCCGGCUGUCGAGACGCAGCCCAGUCUCUUUGCGCCCCAAGCCGACCUCACGCCUCCGCAUACGCCCGACAACGAGGAGUCGCCUGAUCCCUUUUCCAACGAAGAUGGCUUCCGCAUUCAGUUCCCCCACGACCUGGGUUCCUCGAGCGACCCGACAAAUAGGAAUUGGGGCUCCCGUGUGAACCAGCCUCGCUCCCGCGCCAACUCGCCGCCCCGUGCCGACCUCUUUGAGCACAAUCACACGCUGCAAAAAGCUCGCGAGCUCGGCCGCCGUGGUGUCGUCCAGCCCAAGCCGCUGAUGCGCAGUGACAGCGCCGACAGAGUGUUUGCCUCGGCCUCAUGGACCGUUGUCGACGCCGAUCAGGGCAACGGUGGCUUGCGCAACGCCGCCGAGGCCGCGGCCCGCGAUGGUGCCCUCAGCGACUACACCUGGGUUGGCACUCUCGGCAUGCCUACCGAUGCCCUCGAGGGCACCCAGCAGAAGCAAGACAUUGAGGAUACCUUGGCCACCGAGCACGACAUGCUGACCGUCUUCUGCUCCGACAAGGACUUUGACGGCCACUACACGCACUUUUGCAAGCAGAUCCUGUGGCCCGUCUUCCACUACCAGAUCCCCGACAACCCAAAGAGCAAGGCAUACGAGGACCACUCGUGGAAGUUCUAUGUCACCGUGAACCGCCGCUUUGCCGACAAGAUUAUUGCCAACUGGAAGCGCGACGACGUCAUCUGGAUUCACGACUACCACUUGCUGCUCGUGCCUCGCAUGGUGCGCGAAAAGCUGCCCGAGGCCAAGAUUGGCUUCUUCUUGCACGUCGCUUUUCCCUCGUCCGAGGUUUUCCGUUGUCUCGCCGUCAGGAGGGAGCUGCUCGAAGGCAUGCUGGGCGCUAACCUCAUUGGCUUCCAGAUCCACGAGUACACGCGCCACUUCCUCCAGACCUGCAGCCGCAUCUUGACUGUCGAGGCCACCCCCGAGGGCAUCCAGCUGGAGGACCGCUUCGUCGACGUCAUGAAUCUCCCCAUUGGCAUUGACCCCGUCAGCCUCGACAAGCACCGCGGCGAGACCGAGGUCAUGGAAUGGCUGCAGACUCUGCAGGAGCGGUACAAGGGCAAGCGGCUCAUCGUCGCGCGGGACAAGCUCGACCAUGUCCGCGGCGUGCGACAGAAGCUGCUGUCCUACGAGCUGUUCCUCAACGCAAACCCCGAGUGGCGCGAAAAUACCGUCCUCAUCCAGGUUGCCCUGUCGUCUAGUGAGAGAACGGACCUGGACGCGACCGUCUCGGACAUUGUGACGCGCGUUAACUCGUCGUGGGCCAAUCUGGCGUACCAGCCCGUCGUGUACCUGAAGCAGGACAUUGACUAUCCGCAGUACCUGGCGCUGCUCACCAUUGCCGACGCCCUGAUGAUUACCAGUCAGCGCGAGGGCAUGAACCUCACGUCGCACGAAUACAUAUUUUGCCAGGACGGCAAGAUUUACCCGCAGCAGAAGCACGGCUCUCUCAUCCUGUCCGAGUUCACCGGCACCUCGUCCCUCUUCAACGGCAACGAGCUGUCCGUCAACCCAUGGAGCUACCGGCAGUGCGCCCUCGCCAUCAAGGAGGCGCUCGAGAUGGGCGAAGAGGAAAAGACACGCCGUUGGGAGGGCCUGUACGAGGCGGUCGCGCGUCACACUGGCUCCCACUGGUUCGGCGAGCUCCUUCGUCGCCUGGACGAGGCGUACGAGGCGCAGCACAAGCGAGACCAGACCUCAGUGCCUCGCCUAUCGAUGCACCGGCUCGCAGCACAGUACGAAAAAUCCGGUCGGCGCUUGUUCCUGCUCGACUAUGAGGGCACGCUGGUGAGCUGGGGUCCGGUAAACCAGAUUAUUCCGGUCAGCCCGCAGCGAACGCUCGACGUGCUCAACGACCUGCUCCUGGACGACCGCAACAUUGUCUACGUCAUGUCUGGCCGCAGACCCGAGGAGCUUGCUGGCGUGUUCCGCAUGGUGCCGAACCUGGGACUCAUUGCCGAGAAUGGGUGCUUCAUCCGCGACUGCGGCUCCGAGCAGUGGAUCGAGAUGACGGACAGCAAGCACAUUGAAGAAUGGAAGGCGUCGGUCAAGCCCCUGAUGACGUACUUUUUGGAGCGCACCCCAGGAACCGAAAUAGAAGAGCGGCACUGCAGCCUCAUCUUCCACUACGACGCGGCCGAGGACCCGAGCAACGCGGGCUGGCAGGCGGCAGCGUGCGCCAGCCACGUCAACGACGCGUGCGAGUCUCAGCACGUGCACGCGCUGACCAUGGGCAAGUCGGUCAUUGUCGAGUCCACCGACUACAACAAGGGGACAGCGGCGCAGAGGGUCUUUGACUACCUCAAGGACAAGCACGGCACGGGCCCCGACGCCAGCGCCGUCGACUUCUUGAUGGUUGUGGGCGACGGCCGCGAGGAUGAAAAGGUAUUCAAGUGGGCCAACAAGCUGCAGCGACGCGGCGCCGUGGACAAUGUGUCGACGGUAAGCAUCGGCAAGCGCAGCACCGAGGCGGAGACGACCCUGACGCAGGGUGUAAGCGGUGUUCUCAACUGCCUGCAGCGACUUGCGUCCAUCUCGGAAUAG